AUCUAUUCCUUUUCUUGUCAACAUGUUUAGAUAAAUAUAUAAUAUAUAAUAUAAUAUAUUAUAUAAUAUUAUUGAUAUAUCUAUUAUGAUCUAUCAUUUUUUAAGUUAUCAGUCAUUUUUAUCGAAUAUUUUUCUCGUCCGGGGGCUUGUCACGUCUAUAAGCAGCAAUUCUUCGUGAUAGCCCCUCUGAUAGACAGAAGAUACAUCCAAACCGAUCGGAAAAAGCAAAAGUAGAAAGUCCCACAAAGAAAGUGGACUUCCCUUGUGCGUGAUGCAUUUGUCAUGCAUUUACCCCAUCAUUACCUCUAAUUUUACGUCUCUAGACAAAAUUCCACUGAUUGCGGGGGCUGCGUGGGGUAUAAAUUAUUCGUACGAUAAUGAAUGACAGCGAACAGUGCGACGGGUUCGCGGUUUACUCCGGUGUAGCCAUCGGUUGGUUGUCCCAAAAUUAUUUUUAUCAUUUGUCGUCUCAGAAAAAUUUUCUGGGGAGAAUCAAGGGCUCUGGGAAGACAGUCCUUCAGGAGAAUGACGAAGGGGAAUAGCGAGGACCUCUGGGAUGCGAGCACCCGACGUCAUUUUCGAAUUUACAAAGUCGCAGCCCAAAUCAUGGGGGUCUGGCCGUUUACGUGUCAACAGACAUUUUCCAAAACUCGAUUUCUUCUUAUCAUAAUAAUACUGAUAUCAAUGGCAACAAUGCUAGCGCAAGAUAUUCUCAAAAAUUGCGGUAAUAUCAAUGAUACAUUAGAGUCAUCUGUGUUGCUACCUAGUGCAUUCCUCGGAAUAGUGAAGAUAACGCUCCCAAGAAUUUACUGGAAAAAUAUUAAAUCCAUCGUGGUGUCAACAGCGCAGGAUUGGUCAACCACCACUAGCUCAGAAUCCCGAAAAAUAAUGGAAAAAAUGUCGCUGAUCGGUGCUGCGGGUUUUCUCUUUCUUCUCGGCGGUUCAUUGUCUCUCUCAGUGCUGACGAUCCUCCACAAGGCCGCCCUCAAUUUCGAACUGAGAAAUGAUAAUUCCACGGAGCUCCACGUGGCCCUUGGAGCCGGUUGCUUCAGGUCAGAUCUUCCCAUGAACAUGUACUUGACAUAUGCAACACAAACUGUUCAAAUUUCUCUGAUGCAGCUGUGUGUGAGUGGAAGUGACGCCUCGUAUUUUCAAAUUCUCAGUCAUCUCAGUGGUCAGUUGGACAUACUGAGACUGGAUUUGGACCAAUUCCCCAAUUCCAGGGACACCAAAUCAUCGCCAAUUGAUGAGUUCAUUAAACGACACAAUCGAUUCCUGAGGAUAUGCCAUCACGUGGAGGAGACGUUCACCUUUGUCCUCCUGUGUCAUUUAAUGACCAAUUUAUGCUACAUAACGAGUGCUUUGAUGAUUGUCUUGACGACGUGGAGCAAAAAUGACGAAUUUGGUGACGUCCUGAUAUUCGGAUCCACGACACUAUUUCUCUACGCCCAGAUAUUCUUGUUCUGCUUCGGAGGAGACGUCAUAACAACAAAAACGGAAGCGCUGUUUCAUUCAAUUUAUAGUUACCCGUGGUAUGAUCUACCAGCGAGCGAGCGCCAGAAGGUGUUGUUCAUCCUGACGAAGACUAAUUACCCAAUGCAUUUCACGGCGUGCAAACUCUAUCGAUUGAAUCUGGAAAAUUUUAAAAAUAUUGUCAAAUUCACAGCCUCACUCUUCUCCUUAAUGCGACUCUUCCUGCAAAAGUAAAGUUCGAUUGAUCUGAUAGUAGAAAUGGGAAUAGUACGCGGAUGAAAAAAAUACUAGAACCAGAUAGUGAUUUUCAUCUGUCCUCGUAAUUAAUCCUAAUCCAUCAAUUGGGUAAUCAACCAAUUAAUUGAUUGGAGUAAUCCUUUAUCUAUCGAUUGAGGUAUUUUAUGUUUAAUAAUUUCCUUAGGUUUUACAAUCAAACAAUUUAUCCGCCGAAAAAUCCAAUAAUAGUAUAGUAAAAUAGUUAUGAAAAUUAAAUAUAACGCACGUUUAAAUAGUUCCUCCAAUAAUAAACAAACUGUCUGCUACCGCAGUCUUGUGUUUCGACUUUUCUCGAUAGUUCAUCAAUUCAGAAAUUAUUUAUUGCAGCCCAACAGUUCUCCGAAGUAUCGAUUGUCACAUCCGGUUGAUUCCGACUCUUUCUCUCGUAUUUUUACCACUUGUUCUAUCAACAAUG